UAACUGGCGUGGGCGGGGCAGCGGAAGAGGGAAUUUGAAUAAAAGCGGUUGGGCUGGCCGAGGCGGCGUUAAGGAAAUAAAAACUCUGCCGACAUUUAAAUAACAACGGUCGGAGGCGGGAAGACGAUGAGGUAACAUGUCGGCAGGGGAGACGGAGGAGGUGGAGGCCUUGAGGGCCGAGAUGGAUCGGCUGAGCGCCGAGCUGGCGGAGACCAGCGAGCAGAAGGUGCGGGCUGCCCAGUACGGCCUGGCAGUACUGGAGGAGAAGCAAAACCUGGCGCUACGUUACUCGGAACUAGAGCAGGAGCACGAAGCCGCCGUGCGAGAGUUGGAGCAGCUCAAGGAGGCAUUUGCAGAAGCCUGCAGCCAGCAGAGGAAGGUGGCAGCGGAUGGGGAGACGCGGGAGGAGGUUCUGCUGCGAGAAGCAGCCCGCCGGGAGGCUGUGACAGAAGCGCGUGUGGGGGAGCUGACGGCCGAGUCCCGGCAGGCUCGGCAGGCGCUGGUUAAUGCCACAGCCGAGGGCGAGAGGCUCACGGCCCAGCUGCAGGAACUCAGCAAGCAAUGCGAGAGCUUGGAGCUGGAGAGGUGUCAGCUGCGGGAGGAGAUCAAGGAGUCCAAGGUGCGGGAGAGCCAACAGCUUCAGGACUGCACCGAGCUGGAGGAAGAGAACAUCUCCUUGCAGAAGCUGGUCUCCACGCUCCGGGAGAAUCAGGUGGAGUUUGAGGGGCUGAAGCACGAGCUGAGACAACGGGAGGAGGAUGUCGAGACGCUGCAGGGGCAGCUGGAGGAGGCGGCCAGGCUGAGGGCCAUCGUGGAGCGGCAGCUGGAGGAGGGGCUGGAGAGCCUGCGGGCCGAGCGCGAGCAGAAGGCGGCUCUGCGGGCGGAGCUGGUGGCGCUGAGCGGCGGCGGCGGACAGCUACUGGAAUGCAGCGGGCUGCGGCUCGACCACAGCGCCGCUUCGGACGGGCAGGACAGCGGCUUCCAGAGCAGCCCCGGCCAGGCCAACGGCGAGAGCCCGGGGCCCGCCCGCUCCGCCCCCGCUCCUGACCUCUUCAGCGAGCUCAGCUUGUCCGAGAUCCAGAUGUUGAAGCAGCAGCUGGAGCAGUUUAAAGUGUCUCCCGAUUCCCCCCACUGA